AUGAGUUACCUUCUAGACGACAAGAAAAUUCUCCUCAAGGAACUGAUCAUUCAAAAUGAGGACAUAAAGAGAGAAAAUGAAAGCAUCGAACUGGAGAACCGGGCUUUCUUAAAACUGAUUGAAAGUUACGAAGAUGGGACGAAACUGCUGAAGGUUCUUCCCUACCUCCACCACGUGUGUACCAGUCUGUACGCGGUGGAAGAAGAAAUAGACUUCAAUUUAACGCGACAUGAGUUUGCAUACCAGUUGAAUCAGCUGCUCGAUAAGGAGAUAGGGCGUUACAAAAAUGUUUUAAAAAAUAUAUUAACAAAGUCGGUGAUGGAAGGGACCUCUCCUACCACUGGUUUGUGUGGGCAUCCUCCAACAAAGGAGAAACUGGCAAAGAGGCUGUACAGUACUGAUAUAGAUGACAUGAUUUCCGUUUCACGAGGGGCCAAUACAAGAAUAACUUCAAUGCGUGAACAAUCGGAGGGGAAAGACACACCAGGGGGGGCGACGCCGGAGGAGGAGCACGACCAGACAGUGGAACAGCCCCCCACGCCCCCCUGCCAGACAAUCGAGAAAAACAUCUGUCUUCACUGGGAGCGGCAGGAGCCCACGGGGGAGCUUUACUCCAUUCAGUCGUCCGAGGCUCGUGAGGAUAUCCACAGGAGCCACCUGAACCUGCCCGAGAAGCAACAGCUGACGGUGAACGAGAUAGAAAAGCUCAAAGGGAAGAUAAAAAAAAACACCAUCCAUUAUGACAACGCAAAGACAAUGAUCAUCUCCAUGAUCACUCAGUGUAAAAUUCUUCUCUUCGAGCUAGACGAGGAUAUAAAAACCUACAACACAUGGAAAGAGAGAAUGAAAAAUGACACCUACAUAAUGAAACGGAAGCAUUGUUUGAGUGAAUUUUUUAGUGACAUCGUUCAGAAGCAUCGAGACAAAGUCGGAGAAGCCAAAAAAACAAACCACACUCUCCUAAACCUCUACAAGAAAAAGCUUUCCACGAUGAACUAUAUAAUCAGCAUAAACGAGAAUAUCAACAACGUCGAUUUUAGGUACCUCCACGUGCUCAUCCACAAUCAGAAGCUCCACUACGACAGGCUCAUGCGGGAACACGAGGACAUCUACGCCUGCUUAAGAAACCUCCUCAACGAAUUAAGACAGACGCAUAAUAAAAUCGAAGAACACGAGGAGAGGAAAAAAGAAAUGCAGACCAUCAUCGAAAAAAACAACUGCACGCUGAACGAAAUGGACAAAAUGAUAAUCGACCUUACCAACAAGAUUGACACGACAAACAGCGUGUCCAAUAAGUAA